UACAUUGAAUCUCCGUUUUAAUGGAAUCGGUUUAGAAGGAGCCAAAAAUCUUACAAAUGCUCUGCUAGAUAAUGAAACACUUACUACAUUAGAUAUUGGCUUUAAUGGUAUUGGUACACAAGCAGGAGAAUAUUUUGCCAAUCUUCUUCGACACAAUAAAGCACUUACUACACUUCAUUUGUCGGGCAAUGACAUUGGUGAAGAAGGGACUCAACAUCUUGCUAGUGCUUUACUACAAAAUAAAACACUCACGACCCUAUAUCUUUAUGCAAAUUUUAUUGAUGAUCUUGGAUUUCAACAUUUUAUCAGUGUUUUGCAGCACAAUAAAACGCUCGCUUCACUUGACAUUGGACAUAAUGAAAUUGGACCGCAAGGAAUAGAGCAUUUUGCUGAUGUUCUACGAGAAAAUCAAGUACUCAAAACACUUGACCUUCGAAAUAAUGAUAUUGGUAUUCAAGGAAUGCAGUAUCUUGCCAGUGCUCUUAGCGAAAAUACCACACUUAUCGAACUGAAUAUCCAUGAGAAUGAUAUUGGUGUAGAAGGAACACAAUAUCUUAAGAAUGCUCUUCAACGAAAUCAAACACUUAUGAUAUUGGACUUUGGUUCCAAUCAUAUGGGUGAUCAAGGGGCACACUAUCUUGCCGAUGCUUUACAACAAAAUCAUACACUCACUACACUUGAUAUCUGCCAAAAUGACAUAAGUCCAGAAGGAGCUGAAUAUCUUGCUAAUGCUUUACGACAAAAUAAGGCACUUAUUUCACUCAAUCUUUAUGAAAAUCGAAUUGGAUCACGAGGAGCAGAAUAUUUUGCUAAUACUCUACGAUACAAUAAAAUACUUACAACACUUGAUCUUCAUGGAAAUCAAAUUGGAUCGCAAGGAGUACAAUAUCUCGCCACUGCUCUGGAACAAAAUGAAACACUCACCACACUAAAUCUUCCACGCAAUACAAUCGGUGAUGAAGGAGCACAAUAUCUUGCCAAUGCUCUGCUAUACAAUAAAACACUCACUGACCUUGAGUUAUAUGAUAAUAAUAUUGGUUCACAAGGAGCGGAACAUAUUGCUAUUGCUCUACAACAAAACAAAACACUCAUUUCAAUUGAUUUAAGCUCUAAUCAUAUUGGUCCACAAGGAGUACAAUACUUGGCUAAAGCUUUACGACAGAA